CGCAGCACUGGACCCCAGGACUCUGUGCGGCUUCUCUGAUCGUGGCCGGCUCUCUGAAGCGGGCGCCCCGCGUGGUCCCUCCGCUCUUCGCUCAAGUGCCUUGCUCGCCCCCCGCAGCCAUGUCGUCCUGCAGCCGUGUGGCGCUGGUGACCGGCGCCAACAAGGGCAUCGGCUUUGGCAUCGCGCGGGACCUGUGCCGGCAGUUCUCGGGGGACGUGGUGCUCACAGCGCGGGACGCGGCGCGGGGCCAGGCAGCCGUGCAGCAGCUGCAGGCCGAGGGCCUGAGCCCGCGCUUCCACCAGCUGGACAUCGACGACCUGCAGAGCAUCCGCGCCCUGCGCGACUUUCUGCGCAAGGAGUACGGGGGCCUGGACGUGCUGGUCAACAACGCCGGCAUCGCCUUCAAGUUUGAUGAUCCAACACCCUUUGACAUUCAAGCUGAGAUGACACUGAAGACAAACUUUUUUGGCACGAGAAAUGUUUGCACCGAGUUACUGCCCAUAAUAAAACCUCAUGGCAGAGUGGUGAAUGUCAGUAGUCUACUGGGUUCAAAAGCUCUUGAAAACUGCAGUGAAGAUCUGCAGGAGAAAUUCCGAAAUGAGACACUCACGGAGGAGGACCUGGUGGACCUCAUGAAAAAGUUUGUGGAGGACACAAAAAAUGAAGUGCAUGAGAGGGAAGGCUGGCCCAACUCGGCUUAUGGGGUGUCCAAAUUGGGGGUCACGGUCUUAUCGAGAAUUCUGGCCCGACGUCUGGAUGGGAAGAGAAAAGCCGACAGGAUUCUACUGAAUGCAUGCUGCCCAGGGGCGGUGAAGACGGACAUGGCUGGCGACUACGGCUCCAGGACUGUGGAGGAAGGGGCUGAGACCCCUGUCUACUUGGCCCUCCUGCCGCCAGAUGCCACUGAGCCUCAGGGCCAGCUAGUCUAUGACAAAGUCGUUCAAAACUGGUGAAUGUCUUCUUUGGUGCUUAAUGAUGAAUAAAUGUUAGUGGAAGGAAUGAACGAA